AUGACGAGCCUGAUCCAACAAACACAGAUACCGUCCGUACGACCUCCGGGAUUGCUCUCACCCCAACCCCAAAUUUCGUGGUACAAUGUCAAGUUCUCUUGGCAAAAGAAUCACGGUGAAGAAAAACUGCUUUCCAGCAAUCCCCGUAACCCUUCCCGUGACGCUCUGCGGAGUCUCCAUAACAUCGUCAGCCGAUUCGCACGGAUUGUCGGUCUGGAUAAGACCGAUAUUCCACUUGCAGUGUACAAAGGGUCCUUUGGUGAAAAGUUUUUCAUUCACAGCAAAGUCAUUGCUUCCACCCUUCGGACCUUGGCCAAGAAGACUUACAACCUUACUGAUCGCAAUCUGCAGCAACAUUACAAAUGUACAUUCCACUCUCUUCAUGCUGGGGCGUCGGUGAUCCUUCAAGCUGGGGCGGCGGUGAUCCUUCACGCCGCGGGUAUCAACGCCAUCCAGAUCAAGUUUCUCUUGUGCUGGCGCUCCAAUUCUUUUUUCCUUUACCUUCGCAAUGUUGCGCACCUUUCGGAGCAACAAAACCGGGCAAUUAACCAACUUGCCUCCGCUACUCAAUCUGAAGUGACUGCAGCUCGAGCUGCUUCUCGACUCAUACCAAACAUUGUUUAG